AUGCGGCAAUCUGUACUUGAACAUCUGGGAGAAGUCCAAAACCGAUGCUUCUGGCCACACGAUUCUCCUGGAACUGGCAAGACCGCAAUUUCUCUAAGCAUCGCUUCGACUCUUGCUAAUCAAGGAAGACUGGCAGUGUCAUUCUUCUGGGAUAAGAAUCAAAAAGACAGUGGGCUCGACUCCGCUGAAAUGUUUCCAUCUACACUUGCGCAACAACUUGCAAUCUUCAGUGAGGACUUCAAAUUGUCACUUGUAAAACAUCUUCAGUGGGAGGACCUAGAAUUAGCUUCAGAGCAAGUGAAGGCUCUCAUCAUCAGCCCAAUGUGUGAUCUGGAGGAGUUGUGGCUGUUGAGCGAGAAAUGCUUCAUUAUCAUUCUUGACAGCUUAGAUGAAUGUGGGGAUCAGGAAACACUUGAGAACUUGAUGAAGGCUGUGCUACUGCUGGAUGGUCUACCGAUCAACUUUGCAGUGUUUGUUGGUUCUUGUCCAAAAACACAAAUAAUUUUGGCUUCGACUGCAAAAUUUGGUCCUGCCUACAGAAACCUUCCUUGCGAGGAUCUGGAUAAUUACAAGCACAACCCCACCAUCCUGAGGAUGGUCCAGGAGAAGCUCGUUGACUCUUGUUGUGGGUUGCCCAUUAUUGCUGAAAUAUGGAUUCAUGAUUUUGAAUACUUUUGCAAUCUCCAAGAUGCGCCUACCGAUGUUCAUUCUGAAUACCUGUGGUCAUGGGGAUUGUCAUAUCCAUACAUACCCGAUCCUGAUCCGACUCCCGGACCCCCAUCUUCAUCACCUCUGGAGUCCUACCCUACCUCUAUCUGCUCCGAUAUUCACCUUCGGACCGAACAUCACUCCUCUCACCACCCUCCUCCUCUUACUCCUCCUCACUCCUCAUGUCACCUCCACCCUUCCAUCCCUCUCCUACCCUACUUCCGUCUGCUCUGA